ACGGUAAAACAUGGCGCCGCGCAGCUAAGCUUGGUGAGGUAAUGAAGCCCCGAGACAAACACUGAGAGCUUUUCUUCUGUUUUUUCGUUCUCAAAGUUUCAACAUAUUUCCUCGGCGAGGCAGCAGUUCCCCGUGGAGCUAAGGCACAGUGAAGGGAGGACUUUCACACUACGAUGGCCACGCAGGGAGGCAUCGUGUUCCAGGAGAAGGUCAGCAGACUGCUCCGCGGCCAGAACGGAAAACCAGUGCUCAAACCGAACAGGGCUCUGGUUCUGAAAGACGCUGUAGCGAACCGAAAACCCAAGAAAGGGGAGGCCUCUUGUAUCACUGAAAUGUCAGUCCUGAUGGCCUGUUGGAAGCAGAACAACUUUGUGGACACUCUGUGCUCUAAUGAGAUUAACAGCUUUUAUAUGUGUGUGGAAAAGGCUCGGGCUGAUGCGAAGAAUAAAGCUGGACAGAGCAACAUCCAGGGAGGACGUCUGCCACCAAAACAAGCCACGGCGCUCCUGAAGAGAUAUCCCAACCUGUGCAAAGAGAUCUGACACACAAACAUUUUAAUGCUCUUCUUGUACAGAUUUGGAAUGGGCAGCAUUUGGACUAGGACGCUCUCGGAGAUGAAUUUGGAUUAUGUCAUGGUGUGUCGAGCUGCAGUUGCCAAAUAAAUAAUGAAAUAAAUAAACAUAAAACAAAUAAAUGAGUAGAAUAUUGAAAAGGGUGAUUGUUGCUUUUACCCUUUACUGUAAGGUUCUUUCAUACCUCUGACUGUUAGUUUGUAAUGUGCACUUGUGUUCUUGUCUUGUUUUAAAAUACAAAGGAACUGUUUCAUGUCCUGAAUUGAAACUGAUGUCUGUUUUUUCUUAAUCUAAUUUGGCAAAGUGGUUUGAUUCAGUGCAACGAUCGUAAGUGGAUGUGAUGGAAUUAUUCUUCUAGGGUUGCAUGGCUCUGGCCGGAAGGUUACUGCUAUCGCUGAACACUGGAAUGCUCCAUCAUUCCUGUGGAAGCUGAUAUUGGUGGUCAGCAAUGUCAAAAUUCAAUCAGCCAGAGAGACUUGCAUUAAGUACCAGUAAACAAUGUUAGUGUGUUUGAUGCAGAUAUCUGUGAUUGGAUUUGAACACUUAAAAAACAUUCUGUCUGUGGCUUAACCUGUACUUACAGUAUUUUAACAACAGUGUAAACCUAAUGAAUCUAAUCAUGUGAGUGUGACUACUGCUGCUUCAACCUUACAGGCUCUGUUAGCAGCGUUCUACCAUUUGUAGACAUGUUACUACCAGUUUACACAUUCCUCCUCCUCGGUUAUGUUGGUUGGGUGUGUGUAUCUCACUUCCAUAGACUCUUGCACUGCACCACAGUCUGAAAUUGAUAUUUUAUCAAACACUUUAGUGUGUGUUAAAAUGUAAUUUUUUGAAGAAUAUUUAUAUGAAGGUUGCACUUCAUGCACUCUUCAUAUCAGAGCAUUGCUUUGGAAUCACUUAGGUUUGUAACACUGGCUUUGUUUUAAAAGAUUUGAACUAGCAAUAUAUUGUAAAUCAUUACAAAAUAUUAUUGUGAAAAUAUUUGUAUAUUUCAGUAUCUGCUGAUCUAUUGGAAUUUUGCAACAAUCUCUAGGGCUGGACUUCAGCCAUGGAGGGUCCAGGUUUCCAGCUUAGCCAUGAUCCUUUCUCUCAGCUCAGCUGCUUUCACACUGAAACACCUUCAAUGCACCAGUUGUACGUGGGGCUUGGUGCCCAGUCUCAGGUGGAGGUUAUGAUUUCUCCCCCCGACAUCCUCACGUCCUACUGUGUAGUAUUUGUGUUGUACACUGAGAUACUAGAUGUUGGGUAUCAGAGAUUCCAUAGGUCCCACAUCCUCUUCAUGUAACACCUUUAAUUUUUUUGUAUUACCUUAUUUAUUAAGUUACUGUAGUUGAUGGCCUGUGGGCAUGUAGUAAGUCUAAACAAAUAUAUAUAAAUUCCUUACUUUAAUGUUAUCUUAUUUACUGGAUAAGUUAUUGUAAAUGAUUUGUCAUGACAAACACAAUCAGAACUAAAACUGAAUAAUAAAGCUUUACAGUUAUGCUAUAUUAAGCUUAAUUAAUCAGUACUGUAUUUCUAGGCAAUCUUCCUCUUAACUUUGGGGCUGGAGCCUUUCCCAGCUGUCCCUGUGCAGCAGGUGGUGUGCACCCUGCACAGGUCACCAGUCUGUCACAGUAAUAACACAGAGUCAUGCUUGUAUUCAAACCCACAACUAAUUUCGAAUCAUCAGUUACCCAACAAGGAGCGCUGGGAUGAAGGCAGAGUACCCAGACGGAAAUCCACUCAGACACAGGAAGAGCAUGCAGCUUCCACACUGAGGAGCUCCAGACAGAUCGCAAGAAUGUCCAAGGUUCAAAUCCACUAUUAGCCAGCAGUCCUAACCACUGCACAGCUGCAUGGCUCUUAUAGUACAUUAGAUUUAAAAUUCUAUCACUGCUUUUACUUCACUGACAACAGUAUUUUAAGCUAGAUUGAUUUUUUAAAUGUGGUUAAUACGAUGCUUUGUUUCUAUUGACAUUUAGCUAACGAUGUUGAAAGUGUGGAUUUGGUUUCAUGUUUUGUCUAAGGCACAGGAAGGAUUUGGGGCUGUUUGCACCAGCCACUGUGAGAACAUUUUUCUGCUGCAUCCCUGUUUAUCUGCACAUCAUUGUACAAACCAUUUCCCCACCCUGCUUAUCACUUCCUCCCAAAUAUCCACACUCAACAGGAACUUUCUUACAGUCCACAGUAAUUACUAUUUCAUACACACCUUAGGGCUUCUUACACAUUCAAUUACACCACAUAUAUUAUUUAU